CAGGGGUGGACCCACCGUGGAGGCUCAGUGGGACAGACUUCAGGCUGGAAAGCGCCACGCAGAUCGCAGCUGCGCAUAGCACUUCCUGUCGACUGCGCCUAGCGUCGUUGGCUUUUUAAGCUCUCAUCUCCAGCCACAAGAGAGGCUCACCAUGCGAGAAAUCGUGCACAUCCAGGCCGGCCAGUGUGGCAACCAGAUCGGCUCCAAGUUCUGGGAGAUCAUCUCGAACGAGCACGGUCUAAGCAGCGUGGGCAAGUAUGAGGGCCACUCGGACCUUCAGAUCGAGCGCAUCAACGUCUACUUCAACGAGGGCGUCGAGCAGAAGUACGUGCCGCGUGCCGUGCUCGUGGACCUGGAGCCAGGCACCAUGGACGCCGUGCGCUCCGGGCCCAUCGGGCAGCUCUUCCGGCCUGACAACUUCCUGUUUGGCCAGUCGGGAGCCGGCAACAACUGGGCCAAAGGCCACUACACAGAGGGCGCCGAGCUAGUGGACAGCGUUCUCGAUGUCGUACGUCGUGAGGCUGAGAACUGCGACUGCCUGCAGGGCUUCCAGAUGGCGCACAGCCUAGGCGGCGGCACCGGCUCCGGCAUGGGCACCCUCCUCAUCUCCAAAGUGCGCGAAGAGUACCCCGACAGGAUCAUGAUGACCUUCUCGGUGACGCCAUCACCAAAGGUGUCCGACACCGUGGUGGAGCCUUACAACGCCACUCUCUCAACGCACCAGCUGGUGGAGAACACGGAUGAGACGUUCUGUAUCGACAACGAGGCGUUGUACGACAUCUGCAGCAAACAGUUGAAGCUGCAGAACCCCACCUAUGGCGACCUCAACCACCUCAUUUGCCUCUGCAUGUCCGGUGUAACUACCUGCCUCAGGUUCCCCGGUCAACUGAACGCCGACCUUAGGAAGUUGGCCGUCAACAUGGUGCCUUUUCCUCGACUGCAUUUCUUCGUGCCGGGCUUUGUGCCGCUGGUGGCGCGGCCUAGUGAGGCUUACCGAGCACUCACAGUGCCAGAGCUGAGUCAACAAAUGUUCGACGGCAGGAACAUGAUGGCCGCCUGCGACCCGCGCCACGGACGCUACCUCACCGCCGCCGCCAUCUUCAGGGGUCGCAUGUCCAUGAAAGAGGUCGACGAACAGAUGCUGAACAUCCAGAAGAAAAACAGCAGCUACUUCGUCGAGUGGAUCCCGCACAACGUCAAGACUGCCGUGUGCGACAUUCCGCCCCGUGGUCUGAAGAUGUCUGCCACCUUCAUCGGGAAUACAACUGCGAUCCAGGACCUGUUCAAGCGGAUCUCGGAGCAGUUCACGGCCAUGUUCCGGCGCAAGGCUUUCCUCCACUGGUACACCGGGGAGGGCAUGGACGAGCUGGAGUUCACCGAGGCGGAGAGCAACAUGAACGACCUGAUUUCGGAAUAUCAGCAGUACCAAGAAGCCACAGUAGACGAUGAUGGAGAAUAUGAUGAUGACGUUGACGACGGUGAUGGUAACGAUGGUGACUACCAGGAUGACUAUCAGGACGACGAAUAGCGAUUCACUCCUAUGGGCAUGUGGGUCUGUGGGGUUUAAAUGCUAAAUGCCUCGGCGCUCCACUAGUCUGCUCACUUCCAUCGCUGAUGCUGAUAAGGCUUAUAAUCGUACACAUUACGCCAUUAAGUAGCACGGUUUAUUGUCGCCCAUGUGCAGUUUAACACUGUGAGAAGGCAACAAUGUCUGCAAACUUGUAAGAGAGACAUGCAUUGUUGGAGGUUUUAACAAAUCUACUAUUGAAUUAAUGUCUUGAGCUGAUACGUUACUUGAGCGAUCCCCACUUUUGAAUUUAAAGCAGCGAUGUUCUCAUGUACGUACAUGCGACUGCUGCUUUUGUUCAUGAACAGCAGCCGUUGGGGUUGAAUGCCAUGGGCUUGCAUUGACACGUUUAGCUAGCAAUCGAGUCAUUUGCUCACAUUUGGUGAUUCUUACAUUCACAUUCACUUGUUAGCACUGAACGCAUUAUGAAGGUAGUAUGUUGUCCAAAACAAUAAACGUCUUGGAACGAUGCAAUACAUAUGAUUGUUACCAAUCCAUCUCAUCACUGCAUGUCCUGAAAGACAUCUUAUUCAUUUCAAGAUCUUGGCAAAACGCGUCAUCAAAACAAGAAAUAUAUACGAAGGAUUUUCGGAA